UUGGGGCGGUAUCAGGAGCGAGGUCGGUGGUUCGACGGACGGCAGUCCACGCGGCGCGCUCGUCUCUCCACCAUGUUGAGCGACUCCUCACCACCAGCCCCCCGCGCCCCCCCGCCCCCUCCCCCCAAACAGUCCCGCCUCAAGCGCACGCUACACACGCUCCGCUCCUCGUUCAGCCUGAGCUCGCCCUUCCACAUCGCGUCGUUCGGCCGCUCCGCUACGUUCUCAGUAUCGGACAGCGAGAUCGCGCGCGACGAACGCACUAUGCGUAAGAAGAAUAAGAAAAUCCGCGCAGACGCGUCGGCCGCCUCCUCGCGGAGCACUGACAGCUCGCCCGUCGUAGACAAAAAGAAACCCCUGGGGCUGCUCAAGAAGAUGGGCAGCAUAGGGAAGAGGAGGGGGGAGUGCUCCACGACACCCUCGCUCAGUGAAAUAGAAACCGACCCGGACCCUGAACCGCAACACGUAACCGAUCAGUGUGACAAAACGGAACCAAGUAUCGAACACGACACCGUAAACAUGGCGGGCAACGAACCAGCGGAACAAAUGACAAGUAUAAAUAAAAACAAAGAUAUCACACAAACUAAAAUAGAAGAACAGAAAACUGUGCUUGAUCGUAAUAGUCCUAAAGAUCAAAUACCGGAUAUUAAACAAUCUACGCCAUCGGAUCAAACCACAACAGUUGGUAAGGAAACGACAACAGACCAAAACAAAGAAUCCGGAAACAACUUAGAUCAAAACAUCGAUGUAAAUGAGAACGCUAAGUUCGAUAAAAACAACGAAAGUGUGGAUUCAAAUAAACUCGUACACCAGACACAAUCAGAUCCGGAGGCGUCGCCGCGAAAAGGUUCUAGACCUCGUUUAUCCAUGACGGAAUCGGAGCCAUUCAUUCCCAUAGCCGUCGAACACCCGGUGGCCAUGCGCGCCUUCACUAAGGCCGCCUGGAAGAGACGCAGCAACACCGUCAUAGUGAGACCCGUCGAGGAGCCGAGUCCGGAAGGAACUAUGAAGAGACGCAUCGCGUUCGUAGCUCAAACGUCGGUGGCGCUCUCCAAGGAACAGGACGACGACGAAGACGACGACGACGACGAGGGAAAGGACGGCGGGGGCGAGGUGGGGUCUUUAGAGGAGGCGGUGGCGCUCGCCAGGCAGCGGCUGGCCCAGGCCGUGCACUCGCCCGCGCCGCCGCAGUCGAGCGACAACUUUGACGCCGAAGAGGAGGGAGGUGCGGACGCGAUGCCGGCCUACGGAGACCUCAUAGAGCCGGAGAACAAGGCCGCCAGCGACGACGAACCGGCAGCCGACGAGUGCUACCUGACCGUGUGCGAGUGUUGCGGCUUCAGCGCUGAGACGUCCCUACUGUUUCCAUCUCACGCAACAGCCAGCGCUGAAAGGCGGGAGCAUCUUUACAAAAUCUUGGUCAUUGGGGAGCUUGGUACAGGGAAGACUUCAAUAAUCAAGCGAUAUGUACACCAGUUCUUCAGUCAACACUACCGCGCGACUAUCGGAGUGGACUUCGCUCUCAAAGUACUUAAUUGGGACGCGAAUACUAUAAUUCGCUUGCAGCUAUGGGAUAUAGCGGGUCAAGAGCGUUUCGGCAACAUGACCCGUGUGUACUACAAGGAGGCGGUUGGUGCGUUCAUAGUUUUCGAUGUAUCUCGCGUAGCCACCUUCGACGCUGUGGUCAAGUGGAAGAACGAUCUUGAUACUAAGGUUCAACUUCCCGAUGGAUCACCCAUACCGUGCAUACUGCUGGCUAAUAAGUGCGAUCAACAAAAGGAAGGUAUAGUGAAUUCACCCGGGAAAAUGGAAGAGUAUUGUCGGGAGAAAGGUUUCGCUGGCUGGUUUGAAACGUCAGCUAAAGAGAACAUCAACAUUGAAGAAGCCGCUCGCUCUUUAGUUAACAAGAUUCUUCUAAACGAUAAGCUUCUACAGAGCAGCGAUAAAGACGGCGAGCGUUUCGCUCUCGACCACAAGAUAGCCAACGGUGAGAACAGCCGUGUAUCUGGCAGCAGCAAGUCUUGCGCCUGCUGA